AUGCUGCGCGACUUUUGCGACCUCGAUGGGUACGACGCGGCGGCCAGCGACGAGUCCGUGCUCUCGCAUUCGCAGGCAUUGUACUCGGCGGCCCUAGCUGGUAAAGAUGACAUCAUGGUCGGCCGGUACGUCGCGGCAUGCCGCCAUUAUGCUAAUCAUGUGUUGCCAAGGCUGAUUUCAGGCCCCGCACUGGCCGGGGGGGUGUCAGAGAUCCACUCCAAUGCUGACAAGAUUGCAAAGAGUACGGCGCUUGCCGAACUGCGCCGCGGCAGCACGAAGGGCACCGCGGAGCGCACCUCUGGUGAUGGGGGCGACGUGCUGCUGCGUGACCUUCUCGUGGCUGAAGCAAGCACCGGCAUCCACGGGCUGCCGGACGCCGCUGACCAAUCGGCUGCGAUGGGAGCCCUCUGGAGCCGGCGCGGAAUCAACAUGCGCGGCGCUGGGCUGCACGCAAAGUACUAUGAGCUGCUCGUCGGGAACCCGGAGUGCCGGAAUGACGCAGGGGCUACCAUGCGUGCUGCUUUUGAGGCGUCGCACGCGCGCUACGUUGGCUGGUUCGGCCGAUCCUCCUUUGGGCUGGCGACGCGAUCCAUGCACGGCUGGGACCGCCUGUGCCAGCGCCCGCGCAUUGGGAGCGCGGACGGCGUGGGCGACGAGGACAUCAUGCGUGGGUGGACCUCGAUGGCGUUCGAGGUGGUCCGGCGCAUGCGUGAGACCCAGGCGGCACUCAACCUCGAGGACACCCGCAAGUCGAUCUAAUAGAGCCGAAGAAGAGUAUUCAAAUAGAUUCACAUCGGGAGAGAAUUUUAGCAAACCACUGUUGUCACAUCGGUGAGACUAGUAGAUGGGUAAAACUAAAAGGAGGGUCGCCGCCCGCGUCGGCAACGACCCCGCAAUCU